UUUAUCAAAUUGCAGACCCUCGAGGCAUCAACUUCUAUCUUCUCUCUCCGGUCUUCGUCUUUCACUUCCUCACCGUCGUCGUACACAAUUUCCGGCGAUCUUUUAAGUCAAUUUCUCUAAAUCUGGCGAAGAAAUCCUACCAGUCUCUGAUUAAUCAUCAUUGAUUCUUCUCUGUCUGAAAUUCUUUUCAUAUCUCUAACCUUCGAAAUUCCCCGAAAUUACAUGUGGACUUAAUAUAUGUCAAUGUAGCAGAAAACACGCUUCUCUAAUUUAUUCUUGUAUAAUUAGCAACCAUGGACUUUUAUGCAACCAAUCCAGGACCUAUUGAUGAUUCUGUAUUGUAUGAUCAAGAGAAGCAUGUUUCAUCAGCUGUUUGGGAGGGUCAGGAGCGUGGUGCACUUAGAUGCCAUGAACACACUUCAAAGCUGGAUCAAUGGACACUGACACCAAAACAAAUCGAAUUAGUAAAAAAAGCAGGAUUCAGUUACUUAAGACUAAUUCCUGCCAUCAGUCUAGACAACCCCCUCAUAUCCGCCCUUGUUGAAAGAUGGAGAAGAGAAACAAACACAUUCCAUUUCACUGUAGGAGAAAUGUCGGUAACCCUUGAAGAUGUGGGUUACCUUCUUGGCCUCCCAAUUGAUGGAGACCCUGUCAUAGGUGUAACCUACACUACAUGUGAUGCUGUAUGCAGCAAGUAUUUAGGUCGAACCCCUGACUCAGGGUCAACAAGUGGUGGCAUGGUCAAACUUAGUUGGUUGAAAGAGACGUUUUCAAAAUGUCCCGAGGGGGCCCCACUUGAUGAAAUUGAAAGGCAUACACGCGCUUACCUUUUGUAUCUUGUUGGAAGCACGGUUUUUUCCACCACUACAGGGAAUAAGGUCCCGGUUAUGUAUCUUCCAUUGUUUGAGAACUUUGAUCAGGCUGGGAGGUAUGCGUGGGGUGCAGCAGCUUUGUCUUUCUUGUAUAGAGCACUUGGGAAUGCUUCUUUGAGAUCUCAAAGCACCAUCAGUGGCUGUUUGACACUUUUACAGUGUUGGAGUUACUUUCGGCUGAAUAUUGGUCGACCGAAGCUUAACCAUGAUCCAAGACAUGAUCGAUUUCCAUUUGUGUUUAGAUGGAAAGGGAAACAUACUGGUCCAACUACCAACCGGGAUGUGGCUUUCUAUCGUAAAGCAUUGGACUCCUUAAAGCCCUCUGAAGUUGAGUGGUGUCCGUAUGUAAAUAUUAGUGAUGCGAUGUUACCUGAAGAUAUAAGGAAUAAUCUUAUUCUUGGAAGAUCAAAUACAAUGUUGAUAUGCUUUGACAAGGCUGAAAGGCAUCUGCCGGAUCGAUGCCUGAGGCAGUUUGGGAUUCGACAGCCUAUCCCUCUUGAUGUGCAGCAAUGGGAGAGGAAGAGCCGUGGGGUAGAUGGAGGGGUAGAUCUGUCUGCUAAAAUGGAAACCGAGCUAAGUGAAUGGUCAGAUCGCCAUCUCCGUGUUGUUGAUGUUGAUGAAGAUGUUGAGGAAACUGAAUAUUUGCAUUGGUACUUGAAAAUUACCCGAAAGUUGGUUGGACGACCUAUUCCUAUCUCUUCUGAGUUUCAAAGAAUGAAUGCUGCACUGAGGGACAUAGCAAACGUAGCGGACAUGCUGUCAACCCACGGAAUGGACGAUCAACAGAUGCACGCGGUGACUAGAAUCCGGUAUCUGGCUCAUGAAUGCUUAAGAGACCAAAUCGGAAGCAUGAUGAUUGCUGAUGUCACCGAUUCUGAACAAAAUGAAGUCGAUAAAAAAAUAAGAGGAAAAGAACGGAUAAGGCGAAAAGGCAUGGGCAUGGGGGUGAAACGCAGGCGAAAAGAUGAUUCAGGACAGUUCCUAACCGAAUUUUGUCUUCCUUCACCUAUAAACAUGGUUGAAAAUAAUGAUGUUGAGAUAUGCCUUCCUCCGGGAGAUGCAGACGACGAUUCCCAACUCUGCUAUAUGCCGACUAAAGUGGAUCAAACACAUUCUCUUUCCAAUGGAAUUGAUGAUUCCUCUUUCUGUCAGGAACCUGCUGAUGCCAAUGCUGACAUGCCACAAGACGGCCUCGUGUCCUCUGCUGAUAUCGCCCAGCAGAGUGAAAAUGUUUACAGCGUUCUUGUGUAGAACACCAAUUUCUUUGCCUUUUCAAUUCAAACUUUGGAGUUUUGUCAAGCCCAACAUAUUUUCAUUCAUUUGUUUUAUCAUACCAUUCCUUCCUAUUACAUUAAUACAAUUCUAUAUACCAGUGCUAUACACUAAAUGUCCUAAUAUGAACAUAAUUGAAAGUAUAGUGCUAGUUUACAAAG